AGCUGGGCUGCCGCAUGACAGCUGGAUGCUCAAAAUCGAAUGCAAGGCUGCGGCGCAUGAGCUCGCCUCGUCGGCGGCGGCUGCGGCGCCUGUCUGUGCGUUAGCUCACGGAGAGUUGCUGCGGCGGAGCAGCGGCAAGGGGCCAUGUGGUGUGCCGCCGCCUGCAUGCGCCCGCCGCCCGACCCAAGACCCAACGCGACAAGAGAGGAGGCGCCGCGGCCGCGAGUUGAUCUCGGCCUGCUCCGCAAGCGCAAAGGCUGGCACGCCAGAGGCUGCUUUCGCCGUGCCGGAACGAGCGUCGUCGCGUGUCCGGGUGCGGGUACCGUGGCUAGGCUGGUUGCUGCGGUUGCGGCAUACAGCGAUGGCCAUGCUGCUCGCCUGAUACCCUCUGCGCUGCACGCUGAGAGGCAAGGGUCUCGCGAGAGCAGCCUUGUAUGCGGAACGGCCAUGCGACAUGCGGAACAUAGGGGGGCAGCGUCGCUCCAGGGGGCUCAAGACCACCUCUCUGCAGCCCCAGGCUCUUUCUCGCGCCACAGUCGCACGUCUAGCCUCUCGCAGCUAGCGCAGACGUGCUGCUGCGUCGCGGCACCCGGAGCCGAGAUGGCUCCUCAGGGGCGCUUGGGAGGUGCGAGAGCCACGCCCUCCUCACGCCGAGCCUCGCCCAUCACCCGCACGCCGCGCAGGCGCCACCUCCAGCCCCUGACCGGCGCCGCAGGUUCUCCCGCACGCCAGAAGGCUCACCCGGAGCUUGAGCAGGGCUGCUUCUGCUGGACAGCCCGAUCUCGAUACGCUGCUCCCUGAUGCAAGGUGCCGGCUCGUCAAGAGAGGCCUCCGCCGCGCCGGCGUGCUUCUUUCGAUGCCCGGCGCGCCACGCCCAGUUGCCCCGUGCACGACACUCCGCCUCCUGAAGAGCAGCUCCGCGCAGCGCAGCGC